AUGGGAUCACUUCUCAAGAAAUUAGUGAAGGCUCAAACAAGGCUGAUAAGGAUUGAUAAAAUAAAAGCCAAAAAUCCAAAAAAGACCAUCUCGAAGAGAAAAGAGUAUAUUCUGGUUGAUCAAGAAAAAUAAUUUGAACAAUCAAAAAUUGAAGACAGUGAAAGAGAUGAUUGCUGAUAAGGAUCUUGCAGCAGCUAUAUAUCUUGAAAACAAAGGAAUGACAUUCACAACAGAUAGUGAGGAUAGCAAUUACAGCCAGCCUGAAGAUAAGCCACAAUUCAGGUACAAGUCAAAAAGAGAUAAGACCAAUUGGAACAAGAUUACAAAUUUUGUGCUUAACGAAGAUCCUAAUAUCUUCCGAAGGAUCCUUAGAGGGAUGAAUAAUCAAUUUUAUGAAGACUUCGAAGACACAGCUCUGAAAGCAUACAAACUUGAUGACUUUAAACCCGAAGAUUUCAAAGUUCUUAAAAAGAUUGGGAUUAAAAGGACCACUAAGAAGACCUUGCAGGAGGCUCUGCAUCAGUAUGAAGGGAGUGAUGAUGAGUUCACAGACCCUUUUAAACAAGUCAGAAAUAAAGAAGAGACAGUCAAAGAACUGAUUAAAGCCAAGACAAAUCUGAAGAACCAAGAUAUCGUCAUUGUUGAAAAACCUCAGAUUUACACAGAUCUUAUCAAUGCAUAUCGUAAGUGCAAGGAAGACGGAUAUGCUCCAAAACAGACUUUUCAGCAGAAGAUAGAAGAGAUAACUCAGACCAAGAUAGAGCAUAAAUUUAAGACUAAAGCUAACAAAUAAACUAAUGACAAGAAACUCUAUCAUGAUAGAUCCUCCAAUAUUUAGUCCAAUACAUCCCAAAGAGAACAUCAGAAAGGCAGUUCAACAAACAGAAUUACCAACUAAGAAGGUCGAUAAUCUAACGAGAUUCUCGAUUAAAAAUUUAUUUCGAAAAGGCAAUAUUGAGAAAAGUUCACAAAAAUCGAAGAUUAAGUAUAGCAUCAGCAAAUUUUCAGGACUUGGAGAGUAUUACAAGAAUCAGAAAAAUUCUUACAGAUCUUUUAUCGAAGAAACUAAUGUAUCCACAAUGGAUCAAAACGGCUCUCAAGAUUUGCUUUAUGAAAAAAUGUCAGAAGGAAUUCCUUUUAGGCAUAACAAAAACUACUCUAUCUCAGAGAAACCAACAUUUUCAGGAUCGCUUCGAAGAUCCUUACUUAAACCAGGACAAUUACGAGAUCGAAAUCAGUCAUUAAUAGACCAUUUCAGUCAAAGAGGUGGCUCAUUAGACAUCAGGAGGUACAGACUGCCUUUUAUAGACAAACACACCUCUAUAAUUGAGGGAAUCAAUACCUACAUCCACAUUGUUAUCCAAAACACUAAUGAGGCUGAUUUCAAGAAACAUUGGAUUUUAAGAAAUCAGGAAAUGAGCUUAUGAUGCAGAAUUCUGAUACUCAAGUAA